CGACACAACCGUAAUGCCGAAGGUGAAGCCCGGUUCUACCCGAACGUAUGACAAGGAGGGUUAUCGACUACGAGCCGCAGCCAUCUGUGUACGCGACCCAAAUGAAAAUGAGGUUCUCUUGGUUUCCAGUACAAUAGAUUCGGACAAGUGGGUAAUGCCCGGGGGAGGGGUGGAACCCUGGGAGGAUCCGGAGAGCGCGGCCCUGAGAGAGGCCUACGAGGAAGCAGGGAUCAGAGGUCACGUGAUCGGCCGCCAUGGAAUCGUAGAAGAUGCCAGCAGACGAGAACGGACUUGGGUGUUUUCUCUUGGUGUUGUACAGCUGUUGAAUACUUGGCCAGAGUCGGAACGAUUGGGUCGCAAAAGAAAAUGGUUUGACCUUGACGACGCAAGAAAUUGUCUGGCCCUUUAUAAACCUUUCCAAGUGAAGUGCCUAGAGGCUAUGCUGAGAUAACAUCGCCUGUUGCAAGUACGAAAACAAGGUUAAGCUUUGGUAACACCUACCUUUAACAAUGCUACUGUACAGGAAAGUCACAUGCUUGUGUAUGUCAGGAGACAAGCUCGACAGUGGCGUUAUUGUGUCAUUCCGGGGAAAAUCGGUACAAUGGGAAGAAAAUGUCCUUUCCGUAACGACAUGGCGGUUAGAACGACACGCGGUUACAACGACAUGGCAGUUACAACGACAUGACGGUUACAACGACAUGGCGGUUACAACGACAUGGCAGGCCUCGGACCCCCAUUAAUUUUCCAUAAGCGACAAUGUUAACGUCUAGCGCUGUAGCUCAGUCCCAAACAUUCCGUGGCCAAUAAGCUUUGGUGCAUACCUGGCCUAGCCUGGGAGAAACAAGCCAUAAAAAUCUUGACAUAGGUUGACCGUCAAAAUCUGGACCUUUCCAUGCCGGCAGCUGGGAGGCGUGCCUAGCAACGCCAAGGGGACGUCACUCGCAGCCUCAUCACUACCUCACACCUUGUGUCCUCUCACCCAGAA